UGUGCCGCAUCCACCACAAGCUGCCACCACCGACCUUAUUGUGAUAUUGUCACACAUUUCUGCAAAACUUCAGACAAGGAACUUCAUAGGUACUAUUAUCUUAUUCAUGCCACUCCAAGAAUUAUUCGCAUUUCUGGGGUUGCCAUGCGUCAGCAGCUAAUUGGGACUCAGAAUCUUGAUCAUGAGCUGGCCUCAAUCAUUUUCAGAAGAUAUUCUCAGUCUGACCAGGAAGCUAAUAGUGAGUGCCCAUGCCUAAAUUGGAGGCACAACAUGGAACCUGAUUUUGCGACAUUUGUGCUGGCCAACCAUGAAUAUCUGAACAAUAUUUUGAUUCAGAACCAACUCGGCGGCAAGGACUUCCCUUAUGAUAUAAUCUCCUCCCAGAUGUUUUUCAUACCAGUACCUCUAGAGGAUGGAUGGGUCGUACUGAUGUGGGACAUGAUGUCAAGGAAGCCGCACAUCCUGGACCUGAUGAUCAGAGGCGAUGGUCCAACUGAACCAACAAAGGAUAAGCUCGAAUUGAUAGCUUGGAAGCUACAUCAUGCACUAUUCCAUUGUCUGAACGAGUACUAUGCUGGCUGGCUGGCCUACGCAAGACGGAGAGUGGGAGGCCCACUACGCACUUGUUGCAAUGGAACAUUUGUCAGGGACGAAACAGGGGGAUGUGUACUCCACAUUGGACGAACGACACCAAGCUGAAGAUUCCUCUCACCAAGGCACUUAUACAAAACGCCUUGGAAUGGAGGUAGCAUUGAAGGUGUUUCUUCAGAACGCCUCGGAUUGGGGGUAGCUUUGGAGGCACUUUUCAGAAAAGCCUCAGAUUGAUGAGGAUUUGAGGCGUUUCUUCAAGAGGCGUGGGCGGUCCUGGGUCCUGAACUUUCUUGUUGUUGCGCUUACUGUUGAGUGCAGACGAUUUUAAAAAUGCCUCAAACUGGAGUUACCAUGGCGUUCUUGAAAAGUGGCUUACUGUCGAGUGCAGGCGAUUUUAAAAAUGCCUCAAACUGGAGUGACCAUGGCGUUCUUGAAAAGUGCCGACGUACGUCUAUGCCGUCGUGAUAGUCCUUAGCGCUUUUUACAAAUGCCUUGAUAGACUUUUGGAGGCAAUUUUUUAGAGCUUUCAGAGGCAUUUUUAAUGCCUCCUAAUUGCUACCGUGUUGUAGGAGGCAUUUUUAGAGCUUUCAAAGGCAUGUUUAAUGCCUCCUAAUUGCUAAUCGUGUUGUAGUGAAUGUUGGCAAAACUAAAAGACAAGCACUUCAUGACUGCCUCAAACUACAAGGAAAUGCCUCUAAAUUGGCUCA